AUGGUUCCAGAUUCGGUUGCUGCAGCUACAGCCGAUGCGGCUGUUGCCGGGGCUGCUGCUGCGCCGGGGAAAAGGCGUUCACGCAUCGAGAGGCCUUGCUUCGUCGACGAAACUUCGCUUUUAGCACCAGACACUCAGGGGCGAGGGGGGAGGGGCAGCAGCAGCAGAGCCUCAGACGCAGCGCCUCAAGAGGGCGGCAACGGCGCGGCAGGGAACAUUCAGGAAGAGUGGCGGCACAUUCGCUUCCUUUCGGGUCAUUGGUCGCCUUGGACAGUAACCAUCCUUGCCCUCCAUGGGCAACGACUUCCGACAGCAGCACUAAAAGAGCUGCAUCACUGCAGCAACUUGCUGCUGCUGCACUUGGAAGGUUGCGGUCUCACCAGUGCCGAAUUCUUCGGCGACCUGUGGAGUCUCCAGCGCUUGUUGCUACCGCAUAACGAGCUGCAGACUCUCCGAGGCCUUAAGAACCUGCCUCAUCUGGAGGAGCUCUGCGUCAAGGCCAAUCCAAUAGCCACCUUUAGAGUAGGCUCUUGUUUAAAAGCGGGGGCAAAAGCUGGUGCACGAAUGUUGUCGCGAGUGCUUCUUGCUGUGUGA